AUGGUUAUGCUUAAACCACAAGAAAACCCAUCUGUCGCUAGUUCAGCCAUUGAUGAACAUUUAAAAUAUUUCAAUGAAUGCUGGGGUUUAAAAUCCGACUCGGCUUUAGAUAAACCAGGAACUUCAGCUUUUUCUGAAAAAAGUGAUAAAAUAUUACAUUUCUCCGUCGGUGGAAUUAGUGGUUAUUCCGGUUCUUUUAAUUCUAAAUUUGUUAAAGAACAUAUUAAAGGAUUACCUAAUGUUGCAAUAGUUGAAAAGGUGUUGGAAGCUAAAGCUAUUGGUGUUAUAAAUAAACGCGCUACAGCUAUUGAAAGAAAUCCACCAGUUAAUUUGGAUCGUAUAGAUACACGCAAAUAUUCUUUGGAUAGAACUUACAGAUUCCCUUCUAGAGCCGGUAAAGGCGUAAAUGUCUAUAUCGUUGAUACCGGUAUAAAUACAGCCCAUAGAGAAUUUGGUGGUCGUGCUGUUUUUGGUGGUUCAUUUUGUGCAGGGUGCCCUCUAUUUGACGAUCAAGGUCAUGGUACCGCAGUAGCAAGUGUUGUUGGUGGCAGAACUCUUGGUGUAGCUGAAAAUGUUAACCUUAUCGGCGUCAAAGUACUUAACUCGCGAGGUUCUGGACGUUAUGAUGAGAUUAUAGUUGGUUUAGCAUUUGUAUUCAAGGAUUAUUUACUACGCGGAAAGAAAAACACCGUCAUCAAUAUGUCACUUGGUGGUCCAAGAUUUGAACCAUUAAACCUUAUGGUUAAAUUUCUUACCGAUCAUGGUAUACAUAUUGUUGUAGCUGCCGGUAAUGAGGCCAGUGAUGCUUGUGGAGUUUCACCUGCAUCUUCACCAUCAGCAAUCACAGUAGGUGCAACUGAAUUAACAAGUGAUUCAAUGACCAAUUUCUCAAAUUUUGGACCAUGUGUCGAUAUGUUUGCUCCUGGAAGAGAUAUUAAAGUUGCUUCAUUCCGCAGCACCACAGGUAUUACCACACUAUCUGGAACAAGUUUUUCAUCACCCGAAGUUGCCGGUGCCGCUGCUUUGAUACUCGGUGAACGUGGUAAUAUUUCCCCUGCAACAUUGAGUAAAUUCAUGAUUGAUAGAAGUACCAAAGGUGUUGUUAGAAAUUUACAAGGACAGACAAGAAAUAAUUUCUUAUUUGUUCUUUAA